AUGUCCGGCAGAGGCAAACAAGGCGGCAAGACCCGGGCUAAGGCCAAGACUCGCUCAUCCCGUGCCAGUCUCCAGUUCCCAGACGGUCACGUUCACCGUCUGCUGAGGAAAGGAAACUAUGCUGAGCGAGUGGGAGCCGGUGCCCCAGUCUAUCUUGCCGCGGUGCUGGAGUAUCUGACGGCUGAGAUCCUGGAGCUCACCGGAAACACCACCCGCGACAACAAGAAGACCUGCAACAUCCCCCGCCACCUGCAGCUGGCAGUGUGCAACGACGAAGAGCUCAACAAGCUAUUCGGUGGGGUGACCAUCGGCCAGGGAGGUGUUCUGCCCAACAUCCAGGCCGUGCUACUGCCCAAGAAGGCCGAGAGCCACAAACCAGCCAAGAUUAAAGUAAUGUGA